CCAGGAGGCUGAGCGAGGGUUCGGGGGGGGUGGUAUUCACAAAAGGACGCUGUGAUACAGGUGUGUGUAUGAGUAUGUGUGUGAACUAGCCUGCCACCGCCCACGUCACCAGUGUUGUGUUGGAAGACAACGGGUGUACAUAAGCCCCACGCGAAACACACACACACACACUUCCACGCAGCAGCACGCCAGCCAACAUGAGGAUCGCUGUAGCCACGCUGUUGCUUCUGGUAGCUAUCGGGACCACUGAUGCCUUCUGGAUCUUCAGCAAUGGAGAAGCCAAAGACGCAAAGGCGAACAUGCACCAGGAGGACGCCAAACACGUGGUGAAGAGAGAGGCGGACGAGGACGAGGAGGCGGAAGACGAUGAGGAUGGCGAGGAGGAUGACGAUGAAUCUGAACAUGACAUAGUGAGGGAUGAUGAAGACAAUGACGAUGAGGAAGAGCAUGACGACGACGAGGAUGAGGAUGACGAUAACGAGGAGGAGGAUGAUGAGGAUGAGGAUUAAUCAGCCGAAUUCAUGAAGGAGCCAGCCACGAGAGGGAGUCACUGUACAAAACACCUGUAAUCGUUAACACUUCUACUGCACCUGGAGAUCCGAAAUUGUUACCAAACCCUUGUGGCAUCUUUAGACCUUAGAUCUUUGACCUUUAGGCCUGCAGGUCCAAACUCGUCACCUGUAUCAUCUCUGCACCUAUAACGCCUGUACCACUGACCAUCAAUACAGCUAAAAGCAAUUAUCUAUCAUCACAUCUCUACACACUCAAUGCCUGUCAAGAAGGCCAUUCGUACACUUCAGAAAUUACUUGUUACUUGUAUCACCUCUACACCUGUAACACCUGUUAAAAUAUCAUUAGUACAUAUCAAGGAAAUUAUGUGUUACCUAUGUCACCUAUACACACCUUAACACCUGUAUAAGCUGGAUAUUACCACGCCUGGACUUAUUGGAUACUUGCGCUAACUUUCUACUUCCUUAACACCUGAGCACAGUGGUUAUGAAUUGAUCGGAUCUUUACUUUAUUGACCAGAAA